AUGGAUGAAGAAGAUGCAGAGAAAACAGCAUUCAUCACCCCUUGGGGAAUCUACCAUUAUCGAGUGAUGCCGUUCGGCCUCAAGAAUGCUGGAGCCACUUACAUGAGAGUUAUGACCACCAUAUUCCAUGAUAUGAUCCACAAAGAAAUUGAGGUGUAUGUGGACGAUGUCAUCAUAAAAUCCCGCGAGAGUUCAGAUCAUCUGACGCACUUGGAAAAGUUCUUUGACAGGUUACGUAGGUAUGAUUUGAAGUUGAACCCAGCCAAAUGUGCAUUUGGAGUACCUGCAGGGAAGUUACUCGGUUUCAUAGUUAGUAGAAGAGGUAUCGAGCUUGAUCCUUCCAAGAUCAAGACAAUUCAAGACUUGCCUCCUCCAAAGACUAAGAAGGAAGUAAUGAGUUUUCUGGGGAGACUGAAUUACAUCAGUCGAUUCAUAGCCCAAUCAACGGUGAUAAGUGAACCCAUAUUCAAGUUGUUACGAAAGAAUGCGCCAACCAAGUGUACCGAAGAAUGCCAGAAGGCUUUUGACACUAUCAAAAGUUACCUUUCAAAUCCGCCAGUAUUGGUGCCACCACGCGCAGGUAGUCCUUUGUUAUUGUAUUUAUCCAUCUCUGACAACGCAUUUGGGUGUGUGUUGGGACAACAUGAUGAAAUUGGAAGAAAGGAGAGAGCUAUAUACUACUUGAGCAAGAAGUUCACAUCGUAUGAGGCUCGUUAUACCCUCUUAGAGAGAAAUUGUUGUGCUUUGACUUGGGUUGCUCAAAAAUUGAGACAUUAUCUGUCGGCUUAUACAACACAUCUUAUUUCAAGAAUGGGCCUACUCAAGUACAUAUUUCAGAAGGCAAUGCCCACAGGAAAGCUAGCAAAAUGGCAAAUGUUGUUGAGUGAGUUUGACAUUGUAUACAUGACUCAGAAAGCAAUCAAGGGCCAAGCCUUGGCCGAUCACCUUGAUGAAAACCCAGUAGAUGAAGGAUAUGAACCACUUAAAACGUAUUUCCCUGAUGAAGAAGUAUUGUUUGUAGGGAAAGACAUGUCAGAAUCAUAUCCUGGUUGGAGAAUGUUCUUUGAUGGAGCACUUAACUCUAGAGGAUCAGGAAUUGGAGCAGUAUUGAUAUCUGAAUCAGGACAACAUUUUCCAGCAACAGCAAAGCUUAGAUUUCGAUGCACUAAUAACAUGACUGAGUACGAAGCUUGUAUUCUUGGCAUCAGAAUGGCUCUUGACAUGAACAUUCAAGAAUUACUGAAAAUUGGUGAUUCAGACUUGUUGAUUCAUCAAGUUCAAGGAGAAUGGGCCGUGAAGAAUCCUAAAAUCUUACCUUACGUACAACUGGUACGGAAGUUAUGUAAAAGAUUUAGGAAGACCGAGUUCAGACACACCUCGAGAAUACAAAACGAGUUUGCUGAUGCUCUCGCAACCAUAUCCUCCAUGAUACAACACCCAGAAAAGAGUUACAUUGACCCACUUGAGAUAGGUUUAAAAGAACAACCAGCGCAUUGUUUACAUGUGGAAAAGGAAUCGUAUGGAAAUCCAUGGUAUAUCGAUGUGAAAAGGUACUUAGAAGUUCGCGAAUACCCUGAAAAAGCAACAAGCAGCCAAAAGAAAACAAUUCGAAGAAUGACAAACAACUUCUUCUUGAAUGGGGAGAUUCUUUAUAGGAGAACUCCUGAUCUGGGAUUACUACGAUGUGUGGAUGCUGUAGAAGCCACAAAAUUGCUUGAAGAAGUGCACGCUGGAGUGUCAUGGGGCAUGGAUGUUAUUGGACCAAUUGAUCCUGUUGCCUCCAAUGGUCAUAGGUUUAUUUUGGCCGCCAUUGAUUAUUUCACGAAGUGGGUCGAAGCUGCUUCCUAUAAAGUUAUGACGAAGAAAGUUGUGACUGAUUUUGUUCGCAAUAAUUUGAUAUGUCGUUUUGGAGUUCCUGAGUCUCUCAUCACGGACAAUGGUGCAAAUCUGAAGAGUCACUUGAUGAAAGAGAUAUGUGAACAAUUCAAAAUUACCCACCGUAAUUCAACUGUAUAUCGUCCUCAAAUGAAUGGACCCGUGGAAGCUGCCAAUAAGAACAUCAAGAGGAUAUUGAGAAAGAUGAUUGACAACUACAAAUGUUGGCAUGAAAAUUUGCCUUAUGCCUUGCUAGGUUAUCGCACCACAAUUCGAACUUCAACUGGAGCAACUCCGUAUUUGUUAGUAUACGGAACAGAGGCAGUGAUACCGGCUGAAGUUGAGAUACCGUCUUUGAGGAUUAUUCAGGAAGCUGGAUUGAGCGAUGCCGAAUGGGUUCGUGAUCGAUAUGAGCAGUUAACAUUGAUUGAUGAGAAAAGAAUGAGUGUCGUUUGUCAUGGCCAGUUGUAUCAACAGAGAAUGAUUCAUGCUUUCAACAAGAAAGUAAGAGUUCGAACAUUUGAGGUAGGUCAAUUGGUGUUGAAGCGCGUUUUCCCUCAUCAAGAGGAAUAUAAAGGGAAAUUUGCAUCUAACUGGCAAGGACCGUAUGUUGUCCACAAAGUACUGUCAAGAAAAGCUUUGGUCCUAGCAGAGAUGGACGGUAGAGUAUGGAGAAAAGCUAUCAAUUCAGAUGUCGUCAAGAGAUAUUACAUUCGAAGAAUGUUAUUUCUUUCCUUUAUUUCCUUGUAA